AUGAGCGUAGAACAACUUAUGGACGAGGCCGCGGCCCGCAAAACCGCAAUGAAUCCUCUUCUCCAUUCUUACAUCGGAGGGCACCGUUCCAGUCUUCCUACCCCGUCUCUCUGUCUCUCUCUUCCGACAAUUCAACGGAAUUGCGAUAUCUUCCACCGGAGCCUCGAAGGCUUGGAUAUCUCAUUCAGAGCUCAUGUCAAGACUCAUAAAACGAUCGAAGUCACAAAGAUAGAGCUCGGGCCGAAGCACCACUCUGUUAUCACGUCGACGAUUCGGGAAAUCCGUGGGUUGAAGCCGUUAAUCGAUGACGGUACUGUCACAGACGUUUUAUAUGGCUUGCCACCAGCAGCAUCAUACGUAGCCACCCUCUCAUCCCUCUCAAAAAACAUCCCCAAUCUCCGUCUUCUCGUCGACCACCCUACCCAAAUUGCGAAUUUAAACUCCCUCCCACCGCUUUGUGGAAGACCCUGGUCUGUUUUUAUAAAACUUGACACAGGUUACCAUCGUGCUGGUCUAGAGCCGUCCUCGGAUUCUCUAAAGGAACUUCUCAAAUCCGCGAUAUUACACCGAAACAUCUCAAUUUACGGCUUCUACGCACACGCCGGCGACUCAUACUCCUCCAAAACCGAAGAUGAUUCAAUAUCAUAUCUAAAAACCGAGUUAUCGACAGUUUUUGCGGCCGUCAAGGCUCUCAAUGAGGUUUCACAUUCACUAGACGCCACAGAUGUGAGCAAUAGACCACUAGUCCUUUCCAUCGGUGCAACUCCAACUGCACAUGUCGUUUCAAAUCUAAAAUCGCUUGGUAAAGAUCUCGGCAUCGAGUUACCGGAUAAUUGUAGCCUAGAGAUUCACGCCGGGAAUUAUCCGUUCAACGACCUUCAACAACUCGCCACCGGUGUCGUCCCACCACCCGACCCGGCAUUCCCGGGCAAUAGUUCUCUAGCAUGCACAGUAAAUGUCGAAGUUGUCUCCGUCUAUCCUUCUCGAAAUGAAGCUCUCAUUAACGCAGGGGUUUUGGCGGUCGGCCGAGAACCAGGGCAAUACCCAGGCUUUGGACGGGUACGAGGAAAGGAGAAGUGGGUUCUUGGAAGGAUAUCGCAGGAACAUGGGGUUUUGACUCUAGAUAAAGAGAAUAAAGACCAUGUUGGAGAGGAUAAAGUUGAGAAGGCAUUUAAGGUUGGAGAGAAGUUGGUUUUGGAUAUUCAACAUGCUUGCGUAGCAGCGGCGAGUCAUGAUUGGUAUUUUAUCCUAGAUGGUAAGGAUAUUGUAGUUGACGUUUGGUAUCCUUGGAGAGGAUGGAUGUAA